AUGUUGGCAGGGCAGGGAGCUUCAGAGGUUACUGUUUGGAAGGAGGAGGCAAAAGCAGUGGUGGCUGGAGAAAAAGCUUCAGAGGUUACUGUUUGGAAGGAGGAGGCAAAAGCAGUGGUGGCUGGACAAAAAGCAUCAGAGUUGACUGUUUGGAAAGAGGAGGCAAGAGCAGUGAUGGCUGGACAAAAAGCAUCAGAGGUGACUGUUUGGAAAGAGGAGGCAAGAGCAGCGGUUGUUGGGCAGAAAGCUUCGGAGUUGACUGUUUGGAAAGAGGAGGCAAAAACAGUGGUGGUCGGGCAGAAAGCAUUUGAGGUGGCUGUUUGGAAGGAGGAGGCAAAAACAGCGAUCAUAGAGCAGAGAGCACUGGAAGAGCCUCAAGUAGCGGUGAUAGAGCAGAGAGGGUCGGGAGAACACCAACCGGCUGUGAUAAAGGAGAGACCAUCAGAGGUGAUUGUUUGGGAAGAGGAGGCUCAAGCACUGAUCUCCCGGGCUCUUGGGUACUCGGACACGCAGCAUCUGCUGGAGCACUACACAGCCGUUUAUGAGGCGAUGCGAGGAUUGAAGAGUGAGGGGAAUUUGGGGCAUAGCAGAGAGAAGAGCAUGAGCUUUGAGCUGACUCAAAACACACAGCAUCUGCGGAGGCACUACACGGCCGUUGAUGAAGCGAUGCAAGGAUUGGAGAGUUGGGGGCAUGGCGGAGGAGAGGAGAGCGUGAGCUUUGAGUUGACUCAAAACACACAGAAACUGCGGGAGCACUACACGGCCGUUCAUGAGGCGAUGCGAGGAUUGGAGAGUUGGGGGCAUGGCGGGAGAGAGGAGAGUGUGAGCUUUGAGUCGAUUCGGGACACGCAGCAUCUGCUGGAGCACCACAGGGCUGUUGAUGAAGCGAUGCGAGGAUUGGAGAGUGAGGAGAGUUGGGAGCAUAGCAGAGAAGAGAGCAUGCGUUUUGAGUUGACUCAAAACACGGAGCAUGUGCUGCAGCACCAGAGGACCACUGUGGAUGCACUGGGAUGGGAGGGUGGGGAGAUGGUGGGGAAUAGCGGAGGCGAGAGCAUGGAGCAGCAGCAGCCAGCAGCAGGCACUCAGUUUGGUCCCACUCAGUCCAAUGUGGAACCACUCUGGAGCCGAACAGGGGCCAAACCGCACUCCCUGCAGCGCACCCAGUCGACCCCCACCUCCCUUUCCUCUUCGUCUGCUCCUGCUGCCCAUCCUGCCCAUUCUGCCCGUUCAGAUUCUUCUGCUCCAUCUGCUGCUACUCCUGCAGUGCGUUCAGAGUGGCAUCUGCGUGCUGCUGCCAUGCGUGCUGCUGCCGCUCUUGCCCGUCCUGCCACACCCGCCACCCCCACCACACCCGCGACCUCUGCCACUCCCCCCUUUUCCUCCGCUCGUGCCCCAGACGUAACUCGAGCCAGCAGUGUGUUUGAGUCGAGUAAACCGAAACCAGAAGCACCUCGAGUCUUCACCGCAGGGAGACAGGACGCAAUAAGAGCCACCAUUGCAGGGCCGGGAGCAGGGCACGUGUCAGCACAGCAGGUAGAGUGGCUCUCUGUGAAAGAGGUUGAUGUCAGGGUGGGCAGUCAGGAGUUGGGGCGUUAUGAGGAGGUAGCUAGAGCUACCUCGCUGCACCUGUCAGCAAAGGAGACCCUAAUGGAACAGCAGGGCAAGCAGGGCAGCCACUUGUAUGCUAGUCACUCCGAAGCUGAUGCUGCAACGCAUCCUGCCGUGGCUGCUCUGCUGGCUCGGUGGCACCAAACCCAGUUCGCCUCGGUCUGCUUUGAGAAACGGCCGGAGUUGAAGCUGCCGAGCCUGAUCCGAGAUACGGGUGGAGCGGAGGCUCGGGAAGGAGAGAAUUUAGAACAAGGGCUGGUCAUGCCGUUAGGUAGUAGCACGGCAGACGUAGUGGUGGGUGGAGAUGCAGAGGCGGGUGGGGAUGCAGCAGACCGUGCGGCAGCAGAGAUGGCAUGGCUGGACACCACACUAGGGAGCACAGACGCAGCAGCUGAAGCACCAGCCUCGCAUGCAAGCGGCUCAGCAGCAGCAGCAGCAGCAGCAGCAGCAGAGGAGCAUGUGAGCUGGCUGGAGACGCCGCUGAGGAGUUUGGCUCGGAGGAGCGGAGGCGUGCUGACGCCGGGGCAGCGGGAGAAGCUGGAGAAGGCCGGGAUGUGGACGGUGCGGCACCUCCUGGAGCAUUACCCGCACACUUACAAGGACCUCACGCGCAGCAGAGAGGAUGUGCUGCGGGACGGGCAGGUGGCUGCUGUUGGCGUGGUGGAGAGCGUCAGUGUAAACUCAGCCAGAGGUGGGGGGUGUGCGGUUGCCGAGCUUCGAAUCCGCUGCAGCCCACCUGACAGCCCCGCCACCACACGCAACACCGAUUCCCCCACCACCACCACAACCAGCCGACCCACAUUCAGCAUCACUCGUUCUACCAGCAGCAGCAGCAGCAUCAGCAGCCACAGUGGCGGAGGUGGGUUCAUGGUGACAGCGAAGCAGUUCCGCGCUGGGAGCUGGGCGUGGAAAGCUCUUCAAGACGCCUACCCGAGGGGCUGCCUCGUCUCUGUCACUGGCCAGGUGAGGGUAGUGCAUGGCGAUGGGACGAUUGAGUUGGACAUGAACAGUGACAUAGUGAGGGUGGAUGCACGCGGUAGCAGAAAGGAGGGCGCUGUGCCGGUGUAUUCAGCCAGGAAGGACAUGGACCCGCUCUCCCUGCGUGUUAUCCUGGAAAGUCUAAUCAAGCUCAUCCCUCCAGACAUGGAAUACCAUUCUCCCUCCCUCCGCGCACGCUACAACCUCCUCCCCCUCCCCCUCGCCCUCGCCACCAUCCACUGCCCGCGCGACCGCUCUCUCGUCCCCCUUGCCCGGCGCCGCAUCGUCUUUGACGAGUUCUUCUUCUAUCAGCUCCGCAUCCUGCUGCAGAGCCGGCGAAUCAAACUCGGUCACCUGGCAUCCGCAGCUGCAGCCGCAGCAGGAGCGGCCUCCGCAGGGGGAGGAGGAGGGGCCAUUGACUGGACCCGCAGAGAUCUGACGGCUGAGCAGUGGUCCCCACUCACUCAAGAAAUUCUUUCCAGCCUGCCCUACACGCUCACCGCCGGGCAGAUGCAGGCUGCCCGGGAAAUCAUUUCCGACAUGAACUGGCCGGUGCCAAUGUCGAGGCUGCUGCAGGGGGAUGUGGGGUGUGGGAAAACGGUGGUGGCGCUACUGGCAUGUAUGGAGGCAGUGGCGCAUGGGUAUCAGGUGGCGGUGAUGGCUCCCACUCAGUUCCUUGCCCAGCAGCACGUGGCACGGUUUGAGCAGUUGCUCCAAGCGCUGCCGCCCGCCCGUCGCCCGAAGGUUUGCCUGCUGACUGCGAGUGUGAAGCGCGCCAAGGCACUGCGGCUGGACAUCAAGGAGGGCAGGGUGGACAUCAUCAUCGGCACGCACGCGCUCAUCGCUCGAGCCACUGCUUUCCACCGCCUGGGGCUGGCCAUUGUGGACGAGCAGCACCGCUUUGGGGUCAAGCAGCGGGCCAGGCUGCACGAGAAGGGCCUGGAUGCGCUUCUCAACAUUCGGCAGCAGCAGGAAGCCAGCGACAGCGAUACAGAAGACACCAACGAAUUCAGGGAGGACGCUUCUUCCUCCUCCUCUCCCUCCUCCGCCCGCCCGCUCCUCUCGGAGCCUCACACGCUGACCAUGACGGCCACCCCCAUCCCGCGCUCCCUUGCCCUCGUGCUGCACGGCCAAAGCGACAUCUCGCGGAUCGCCGAGCUGCCGCCCGGACGCACGCCGGUGGAGACUCUUGUCUUUUAUGACCGGGAUGGGAAGGGCGGCAGCAGCGGGGAGGAGAGUGAGGGGGAAUGGGAGGAGGAUGAAGGGAAAGAGAGGGAUGCGGCUUACAAGAUUCUUCGAGAGGAGGUGCAGUCAGGGGGGAGAGCGUUCAUCGUCUUCCCCAUCAUCGACGCCUCAGAGGAGCUGCCGGAAGUGCGGGCAGCCACGGAAGAAUUUCAGCUGCUGACCGAACCAGGCGGACUGCUGGGUCGUGCGUUGAGGCAUGGCAGUAGUGCUGCUGCCCGACAAAAGCGGGCAGCUGCCCAGAAGGAUCGGCCUCGUCGUCGCAGUGAUUAUAGCCGAUAUGAGCUUUGUGAGAUUGAUAACUCCCCUGAUGGGUAUGACACAGACCAGUAUAACUGUGAGCUGGAUGCGAUGUAUGGUGAAGACAAUGACGACUACGAGAGUGAUGAGGAUGAGGAAGAAGAAGAAGAAGAAGAAGAAGACGAUGAUGGUGAUGCCGAUGGUGAUGAUGGUGGUGAUGGUGAUGGGUCAGAGGGGGCAGCAGUGCUGCGCUGUGGGCUCGUGCAUGGCCGCAUGGAACCAGAGGAGAAGGAGGGCGUCAUGCGCAGCUUCCAAGAAGGAUCCAUACAGGUGCUUGUAUGCACAACGGUGAUCGAGGUGGGGAUUGACAUUCCCGAGGCGACGGUGAUGCUGGUGGAGCAUGCAGAGCGCUACGGCUUGGCACAGCUGCACCAGCUGAGGGGGCGCGUGGGGAGAGGCCAGCGCCCCUCGCGCUGCCUGCUGGUGGGCAGUAAUAAGGGUGCGCGGCUCAAGCUGAAGCUGCUGGAAACGUCACAUGACGGCAUGGAGUUGGCUCAGAUGGACCUCAAGAUGAGAGGCCCGGGGGAGCUGAUGGGGAGCAAGCAGUCGGGGCGGUUGCCGGGGUUCAACCUCGCGAGGCUGGACGGGGAUGUGGACAUUCUGAAUGAAGCUAUGCAGGCCGCUGAGGAGGUGGUUGAAGCGAGUAAAGCUGCUGGGAAGAUGGAUCCUGCUUUGGCUCACGAGCUGCUGAUUCGAAACCCGUCGUAUGCUUCGACGCACUGA